CACUUGCUUAAUCCACCAAACACACAUAGAACCCCGGUUUGCUCCCUACAUAUACGUGCCCCGAAGUGCCGAGUUCAAAUUAGUUGACAUGAAACAAAAACUCGGUGUAAACGCCUUCUCCCUGGCCUUUGCACUGGGAGGUGUGGACGGGUGUCACCCUAAAUGGGACGGCGAGAUACCCAUCGACGACCCGGCUAUAGUCCAAGAGCUGAAGGCGUUUCGGGAGGCCGGGGGUCAGCUAAUUGUGUCGACGGGUGGGGCUGCGGGUCUAUAUCUGGAGAACGCCUGCCGUACGACCGAUGAGCUCCUGAAGGCUUAUAGACAGGUAGUGGACAUGACGGGAGCGGUAGGUCUGGAUAUAGACGUGGAGACUAGUCUACCCCUGGAUGUGGUGAUGCCAGCCCUGGCAGCCAUUCAAAAGGAAAAGCCCGGACUUACCGUGAAUGACGACGACUACGGCCUCAACGACCCCCUCGGUGUGGACGUCAUCACCUCCGCCGUGAAGCACGGGGUGGACGUGGAUGUGGUGAACGCCAUGACUAUGAACUUCGAGAGCAGUCACCGCAAGUGGGGGGCGGCGGUCAUAGCGGCCGGGGAGGCGACUAUCAAACAGAUGGCAAAGAUAUGGCCCCAAAAGUCUGAACAGGAACUGUACUCCAUGUUAGGGUCGACCCCCAUGAUAGGCCUUAACGAUAACGGAAUGGUGUUCACUCAGGAGCACGCCCACCAAUUACUCACCUGGGCUAAGCAAAAGCACCUGGGUCAUAUAGGGUUUUGGUCUAUUAAUAGGGAUAAGCAGUGUGAGGUGGGUCAGUCCAGUCUGGAAACUGAUGGGUGCUCCGAUAUUAAGCAACAGAUGUAUGAGUUCACCAAGAUAUUUGUUCAGUUUAAUAAUAAUAGUGUGGGAAUUAAUGAGUUAAAAGACACGUACCGAGAUAAA